GGAGUCAAGUUAGAUUUACGAGAACAUUAUAAGAAAGGUGCGCGAAUUGUUUGGUGGGGAUUUUCUUCGUGUACAACAACCGUUGAAGUUCUUGAAGACGAAGAAUUUUUUGGAAAGAAUGGAAGAAGAACUCUAUUUGCUAUUGAAUGUGACACAGGAAAAGACAUUCGUCAACAUUCGUUCUAUCCAAAUGAAGAAGAAAUACUUCUUCUUCCAGGUACUGAAUUUGAAGUCAUUUCAUCAGCUGACAUGGGCAAUAGAUUUAGCAUGAUUCAAUUGAAAGAAGUCGUACCAAAAUUUCCGCAUAUAGCUUCUGUUGCAUCAUCAAUAUCUCCAACGACCACUGGGGCUGCCGCCACUACCAAGCCAGUAGCAGCAGCAGCAGCGACAGAGCCAAAACCAACUCCUAAACUCAAACCUCCUGUACAACCAGUGGAGGUCUCCUAUGCAUGCAAGAAUAUUACUAAUGCCGACAUCCAACGAAUAAUCAAGAAAGCCAUUGUACAACAACAAUGCACAGAACUCAAUUUAUCCCAUAAUAAAAUUACACAUGAAGGUGCUGCAGUACUUGCCAAAGAAUUGCGAAAUAAUACGGUAAGAAAGUUAUAUUAUUUAUCUAGUGACAAAAAUACUCUGAACACAUUAUAAUCUCAUAUACAUGAUUCAUUCAUGAAUAACGUCUGUAAUUAUUUAACAGGCAUUUCAAUUGAAAAAAAGAAAAGAAUAAUUCUAUAUAGAAUAAUGAGACGAACAAAUGGCAAAAGACACAAUUUAAGAAAAUAUUCUAUUCGCAAAAUAGAUGAAACAUUUACUAUUUGAAACGUAGACACUUUAAAAAACUUUAUUCAUUACCCAAAAUUAAUAUUGAGUAUUAUUCAACGUUUUCAUCAUCAUAAUAUAUUGUAAUAUAAACGAUUUAAAAUAGACAUUUUAUAAAAUAAUAUUCUACUUCUAUGAUGGAAUACUACUUUAUUGAAAAUAACUAGUGUGAUAAUAUCUUUAAACUAAAUCAGCACUUUUAUUCGAGUACUUUUUUAUCUUCUUGAAUCUACAUAUUAUAUUUUUUUGUGCUCCGAUAAGUAAUCUAGAUUUGUUUCACAUUUUCAUAAAUUGUCUCAUGAAAUGAAUCGACUUUUUGAAUUGUGCAGAAUGAAUAUCUCUUUUUUACUCGCACAUAUAGAUAAAUGUUUUACUUAGUAUUCAAAUAUCAUGCAUGGACACAAAGAGAAAAACUUCCGAUGGUAUAUUGAUAAAUGACAAAUAUUAUUUAUUUUGUUAUGAUUGCAUCAAGUAAAAACUAUGAGUUUAAAUAAAUAAAAUAGUAAUCAAAUAUUACUUUUAGAGAAUUUUUCAUUUUAUAAAAAACGUAUGAUUUCUUUUUUAAAGCAAAGUUCAGCAUAAUUACAGCGGGGGCCAAUUGAAAUUCCCCCUUUUGUUUUUGUUACUAUACUUCUUUUAUUUUUUAAUGUACUAUAUAUAGCGAGAAAGCCCGGAACACGCUGCAUCUUUUAGCAUAUUUACGUGGAACAUUACAUGCAGUUUAAAAUGUAAAAAAUAUAUUAGAAAAAAAAGUCACAUUUUUUUACUACGGGGUGUCUAUAAUGUUGUAACAUAUUUUAUUUCG